CAGUGGUUAGUUUCCGCCUCGGUGUUGUUGUUGAGGCGCAAUGGUGUUUCAUUGCGGCCUCGAUCUUUUCGCUUGAGUUUCUGUCGUGUUCUGCGAGUUCAUGUUCCGCGCCGCGGAGACCAAGAGCUUCGGUAAAGCAGGAACCGGCUGGCACUUUCGGCGGACGAUGGACGAGCUUGUCCAUGACUUGGUGUCGGCUCUAGAGGAAAGUUCUGAACAGGCCCGUGGAGGGUUUGGUGACGGUGGAGAUCACGCCCUAGCCGUCGGUUGCCUGCUGAAGCGGCAGGCGCGCAAGCGGCGUGGCCGGAAACGUCGGUCCGAUAAUCCUCAUCCGUCUUGGGACACCUGUCACCUGAGCGAAGGGUCCGAAUCCAGCCUGGAGGAGCAGAAAGACUAUCGUUCCUCCACGGCAGCCGGGGGCACUCACCCCCGAGACAACAACAGUGACUCCGAUGAGCAACUUGCCGCAAAACGACGUACGCCCAUCACCGCUGACCCAGGCAGGGGGAAGAGACCGCUGUGGAUGGAUGAUUUAAGCGGAGCUGAUGUGUUAACACGAAGUUUAAGGAGGCGUCGGAAGGUCAAGCGCAUGGCUGUAGACCCACCUUUAGACGUCGCCACCAUGUUGGCACCCCCCAAAGCGUCCACGGCAGGUGGUAGUAGAGAGGUGGGGUUUCUGGAUGGGAAAGGAAGUGAGGCGAGCAAAAACAGGGUGAAGAAAAGAAAGUUCACGGCGCAGAGACUCGCGCACGACGCCGCGGAUGAAGGGGUGGUGGUGGAGAGCGAGGAGGUGGGUCACGCGGCUAAAGACAAGAUGGACUUUGACGAACAGAAGGGCUCAGAUGAGGACAUGAGUGACAGGUGCGAGACAAGCAGUGUCAGUAACAGCAGUGAUGGGGGUCUGUACACUAAUGACGAAGGAAGACAAGCCGAUGACGAGCAGAGUGAUUGGUUCUAUGAAGGAGAGCCGGGCGGGGCCUGUGGAAUUGCGGGGGUGGUCCCGUGGUGGGAGAGAGAUUCGAAUGAGCUCGACCUCAAUGACCCCGUGUUCAACAGCAUACUGACCGGAGCGUUUCCGAUAAUGUCACAGGGGUCUCAGAGAGGGUUUCAGGCGCGGCUGGCACGGCAGACCUGUCUUCAGCAGUCGCAGGGGUCUUCUCAGAGAAUCGUUCCUGAUCGAUUACCACGGUUAUCGCAGGACCCUCCUGACUCGUGGUACAGCUCUGGGACAAGAAGAGAUCAGUUAAUUUGGGAUUCUCGUAGUGACAGAAGCCACAGAAAAAGCUGCUCUUUAAAGACGGCCAGCAGAAUGGAAUCAAGUUGUGUUGUUCUCUUGGACGUCAAGAAUGAUCAUGAACAGACGAGUGGUCACCUCGGGUCUUUGUGUACUGGAGAUAUAAAGAGGCGAAGGAAAGCCGCACCUGUAGGAGCCUCUUCAGCCGCAGGUGUGGUGGGUGAGGGUGUCCCUCCUCUCCCGGAGUCAAAUGUAGGAAACCGUAUGAUGCAGUCUAUGGGCUGGACCCCAGGCUCUGGUUUAGGUCCAGAUGGCAGAGGCAUCACAGAGCCGAUCCGUGCGUCUCAGAGGCCAAAAGGAGCUGGAUUGGGUUUCAAUUGAGCUUGAUCUGAAAACGUAGGGAGAAACUCACAGACCGACACAGACGUGGUUGUCUCUCCGUUGACCUCGCUGUUAAUGGCAGGCAGUAGCAGAGGGCAACACUGAGCCAAUAGCUUUAUAGAUUAAAGAAUACAAUGAAAGAGAAGAUGUGCAUCAACCCAAAUGACAACUGACUCUAGAGCUGACUUACUGCCGCCUGAAACACGGACUUUAACACCACUGUUAUCACUAGACAUCCUGGUUGUAUGACUCCAAAAAAUAUAUUAAUUUGAAUAUUAAAUGUUUUAAAGCUUUCUAAUACUGAGAGGUGAAAGAUGCAUUUUACCACUUUUCUUUCAUAGUCGUCACUCUCGUGAAUAUUUGGUCAUGUUUCACCUCAAAUUUAUUGCAGAAUUAGGGUUUGCAUGGAAAAAAGUCUGUUUUUAGGACCAUUGCAGUUAAUUGCACCGUGACAUUAUUUCCUCAUAAUUCUCAUUGUUAUAAUGCAAUACGUAUAAAAUAGUUUAUGGCACAACGUGAUUUAGAUUUUAAACUUUGUUUGCCAGAAAACAACAGACUUUUUACCCUGAAGAAUAAAAAAAAAAAGUAAAUGAUCAAAUUUAAGGUAACAAGUUUUGCAUCUCAAUAAUAUUCCCAUUUUACUGACAAAACAGUGAUAGCGUUCAGAAUGUUUAAUUAAAAAGGUUUUUUUUGAGAAAAACUGCAGAUCAGUCCAAGUCUUCUGUGUUCAUUUGAUAUUUUUGUAUGUCUGAGUCAAGUUUUGUUAGAAUUGUCUUUUUUAAACAUGAACAUUUCAUUCAUGAUUUGGUUGUUUGGCAUCUUUGGGCAUAUAUGUACCAAUUUAUUAUGCUAAUAAUGAAUGUGGAUACCUCAGCCCGUCACCUCGCCCUCAUGAAAACUACUUGUUUUAAACACAGAAGUGACACCGAUUGAGCCGAGUUCCCGUCGCUCUGUGACCUCUGAUCCAUUCCGUUUUUCGUUCUGGUGUGUUACACUGUAAUGUGCAAUUGAGUGAAAUGCAUGUACUGUAUUUCCAAGUACAGUAAUUGGAUUCAUUGACUGAAUGAGCUUAAUGAUAAUAGUGUGGAUCAUGGCAGUGUUUGCUAAACACUUCAGCGCGCAUGUGAGCAAUCCCCAAUGACUGUAAUGAGAUUAUUUUAUUUUGGCAGUGCGAAGAAUUUUAUUGCACUCAAAAUACUGAAUGAACUAUUAUAAGUAAUUAAGCAUGAGUUUAAGGUCUGCGUGGCACUCCAUUCAACUUGAGUGUUUCUGUCGUUUUUGCCAAUUUAAUUGAAGAAAUUUUAAGGACAGGCAAAUUGUCUCAUUGUUUCCAGAAGUCACAGUGUAUCUGUUCAUAUACUGGAUUAAAACAUUCUCUGCUCGAC